UUGUCAUUUCUCACGAUUAUAGUGUGACAUGUGUUGUUGGUUAAAAUAAUUUAUUGGAAGAAAUGACUUAUUUAAAAUCAUGGGAAGAAUUCGAAAAGGCAGCUGAAAAAUUGUAUCUACAAGCACCGUCGAAAGUACGAUAUACAAUGAAAUACGUGCAUUCAAAAAAUGUACUACUUUUGAAGAUGACAGAUAAUGUUGUGUGUCUGCAGUUUAAAACGGAAAUAGCCCAAGACAUAAGGAAAAUAGAUAAAUUCAUAAACAAUUUGUUACGCCAUAUGGUAUCUAAAGAACACUGACUUACUACUACCGAGUUACCAUAUUUCCCGUGGUAUUUUAAUUUAUGAAUAACUUCUCUUUAAGUAUUAAAUGUUAAGUGAAGUGGGUUUCCCGCUUUCCUCUGGGAAAUGUACAUAGGAAUUUUGUUACGGUAAAUUUAAUUUUUUUAAUAAACAGUUGUAAUAGAA